UCGCAUAAAUAGGAAAAAAGAUAAAACAGAAAAAUCUUAGUUGUGGUUCUCCUGGUGUCAAGUCGAAUCUUCAUAACAGAUCGUUUUUGUAUCCAUUUUCACUAUAGAUUAUCCUCUCUUCUAUACUUUUGCCAGAAAAAACUGAAACCAAAAGAUAGUACUGUAUUUCCAAAAAAAAAGAAAAAAGAAGAAGAAGAAGUGGUUCCAGUUAUUGUUCUCCCACUCCCACACUGAAUCAGAAAACCCUAAUCAACUCGUGGAGUUUCAGAGAAGGAGGAAGCAUAUUAAGUAUUGGACUCUGAGAAGAUGAAGGGUCUCUUCAAGUCCAAGCCACGCACCCCUGUUGAUGUUGUGCGCCAAACCAGAGAUCUUCUCCUCUAUAUCGAUCGCAGCUCCGAAUCUCGUGACAACAAGCGAGAUGAGAAGGUUAUGUCCGAGCUUUCUAAAAAUAUCAGGGAGCUAAAGGCAAUCCUUUAUGGAAAUAGUGAAUCUGAACCAGUCUCAGAAGCUUGUGCACAGUUGACUCAGGAGUUCUUCAAGGAGAACACAUUGCGACUGCUUAUCAAAUGUCUUCCAAAAUUGAAUUUGGAGGCCAGAAAAGAUGCCACUCAAGUUGUUGCAAAUUUACAAAGGCAACAGGUUCAGUCUAAGUUGAUUGCAUCUGAUUACCUGGAGAAAAAUAUGGAUCUUAUGGAUAUUUUGAUAGUUGGCUAUGAAAACACAGACAUGGCUUUACACUAUGGUGCAAUGCUGAGGGAGUGCAUAAGACACCAGAUUGUUGCAAAAUAUGUUCUGAACUCGCUACAUAUGAAGAAGUUUUUUGACUUCAUUCAACUUCCAAAUUUUGACAUUGCUGCAGAUGCUGCAGCUACUUUUAAGGAACUCUUGACAAGACAUAAAUCUACUGUAGCUGAUUUCCUUUCCAAGAAUUAUGAAUGGUUUUUUGCAGAAUAUAACUCUAAGCUGUUGGAAUCUUCCAAUUAUAUUACAAGACGCCAAGCUGUCAAGUUGUUGGGAGAUAUGUUACUUGAUCGUUCAAAUUCAGCUGUCAUGACACGAUAUGUGAGCUCAAGAGACAACUUGAGGAUUUUAAUGAAUCUUCUAAGAGAGUCAAGCAAGAGCAUACAGAUAGAAGCAUUUCAUGUUUUCAAGCUAUUUGCUGCAAACCAACAUAAACCAGCUGAUAUCAUCAGUAUACUUGUUGCAAACCAAAGUAAGAUUCUGAGACUAUUGAAUGACUUCAAAAUCGAUAAAGAGGAUGAACAGUUUGAAGCUGAUAAAGCUCAAGUAAUGAAGGAAAUUGCUGCACUUGAACCUAGGGAACAACGUACUUGAGCUGCAGAUUGCCUUAUGUGGCAAGUUGCAUAGUGGCAUUUCACUUUAGUGAUUUGUGUAUUAUAGUAGUUCUGUUAGUCUUCAUCAAGAUGAGACUUUUAUUUCAUACAAAUUCCAAUACUUCCAAUCUGUAAUUUUAUCACCAUCCUGUAAAAUAGUAGAUAAAUAAAUUGCUUAAAUGAUCUACAUGCGGUUUAUGGCUUUCCAGAUAUUAGAAAGCAAUAUAAGUCUUCCUAGUUGCCCAGUAAAUUAUAUAUUGUACGAGGUCAUGCAAUAA